CUCUACGCUUGCGUCACGUCCGGUUCUCUGUCAGAGCGAGCUAGCGAGGGAGCAAGGGCUGUUCGGUAGCAGAAGCGCAGCAAUGCCUAAAUCAAAGGAACUUGUUUCUUCGAGCUCUUCUGGCAGCGAUUCUGACAGUGAGGUUGACAAAAAGUUAAAAAGGAAAAAGCAAGUUACUUCUGAAAAACCUGUAAAAAAGCAAAAGAUGGGUGAAACUUCAAGAGCCCUGUCAUCAUCUAAGCAGAGCAGCAGCAGCAGAGAUGAUAACAUGUUUCAGAUUGGGAAAAUGAGGUACGUCAGCGUUCGGGACUUUAAAGGAAAAGUCCUAAUUGAUAUUAGAGAAUAUUGGAUGGAUCCAGAAGGUGAAAUGAAACCAGGAAGAAAAGGUAUUUCUUUAAAUCCCGAGCAAUGGAGCCAGCUGAAGGAACAGAUUUCUGACAUUGAUGAUGCAGUGAGGAAACUGUAAAGUCAGAGCCAUAUAAAACCUGUACUGUUCUAGUUGUACUGUUCUGUCUUUUUACAUUGGCUUUUGUUUUUUAAACGUUGUUUUCCAAGCUGUUGUAUAUUUGGAUUGCAGAACAAUUUGUAAGAAUACUUUUUUUUAAUGUGCAUUAUUAAAAAUGUUCUGAGUGAAGCUAAUUGUCAACUUUAUUAAGGGGGAUUGCUUUGUGCCCACCACCACCUAGUGUAAAAUAAAAUGAAGUAAUACAAUCUAACUGUUGUGGCCUUCUUUGAGCAGAAGAACUGUUACUAUUUAAGGCCAAAAGUUAACAGUUUAUAGACCUUUUAAUUUCAACUCGGCUUUUACAUUCAAAAGGAUUUAUAUUGUAUUGAAUUUAUAAACUUGAACUGUGAAAUCCACAGUUGAUCCGCUUUCUGCUAAACAAAUAUCUAGGCUUUGAUUUUCCACCCCAGCGAUACUUCACUUUCCCCUUAUCUUCACUUUGUUUUCCUUUAAUAACUUGUCAUAUUCAGUUUUCCUUUCACUUUUUGCUCUUUUUCUUAAAUAUAUUUUGCUAAUCUGGAAAGUCAGUGAAACUGUCAAAAUGUUAGUUAUCUCAGUAAGGUACUUGUAAUUAAAAUAUAUGAGAACUACAGUUACUAAUUCUACUGUAUUAAAUAUUAGGACAUAUAGUUUGAUAAACAACAUGGCUUGUACGAAAACUCUGAGCAAGUUAGUGUAUGUCAUGACCUGUAGUGUUCUGUGUAGUAAUCUUAUUGUUUAGUCUGCAGAAAAUAAUGACUUAGGUGUCUGAUUUGCUUUCACUUAUUAAACGUUCACCAUAGGAUGAUGUCUAUAAAAUCAGAUAUUGUUAAAUUAGACUAGGAUUUAAUAAAAAUUGUGAAAGCUUACUGGCCUAACAUUUUCAUUUUAUAACACUGAGUAUGAAUUACAUAUAGCCAGAGAUAUCACGGAGCUUUACUGUUAUAGUAGGUAAUGUGGUUGGUUUUUAGGGGAAAGAGCAUAUACUUGUGGUUUUUGGCCUUUGCUUCAGUGGGCUUGGUUCUUUUGCAGUUAAUCUGCUGGACUUAAAUAAAUGUUACUGAGUUUUAGCAGGCACUCUGAUAGGAUUUUCACUGAACCAGUGAUAAGGCAGACACAGAUUGAGGCACAGGUUUCAGGGGCUUGGCAGCAAUAAACAGGGCAUGGUGUGCCUUAGGGAAAGAAUGUAAGGGAGCUAUAACUGAAGUGAAGGCAGGGGAGUUCUCUGCAAACUAAUGAUAUUUUGAUCAUGUUGAUAGGACACAAUUCUAGAUAGAAUAGUAAAAAGAAAGGUUUAAAGACGUGAAAAAUUCUUGUUGACAAAUUAUUUUUGAUAGCUAAAAUAAAGAAUUGGUUACUGCCAUAUCAGAGAGUUGCACUAUUAUACCAACUUUAAUUGCUAACUAUAUCUAGAACAUUUUGUAGACUCGUCAAGGACUUCACCUCAAAACCACCUGCCAGGCCACAGUUACUAAUUUAUCUGGCAGCUAUUCUAAGUAUUUUUUUGACAUUUUUAGAUUUUUAUUUUUAUUUUUUAGUGUUUUCAGCAGUAGCCCUAAUCAGUACAUAAUUGGGGAAAUAAAUUCUCUUCUGGUAUUUGAACCUUCAUCAAAUAAUAUGUACCAAAAGUGUUUUAUACAAUGUGUUUUAGACAAAUCAUACUUGAUUGAUAACCUGUUUUUGGAAACAUGUAGUGUCCUGUUAACUUGAUUGGGUAGAUUUGUAAAGUUUUCCUUAUAUAUACAGAAAAGGUAGUUAGAACACAGAACUUUGAUUUUGGUGUAGAUGGAGAGGGGGUAAUGGCUGAAUAUCCUAGGUUUAUAUGCAUUUAAGGAGUGUAUGCAUUUUGAAACAAUCUGCUAAUAGAUGGUGCUGAAAUCUAUUAUUAGGCAUUUUCUAGCUGUUCAGCUUGUGUUGUUAACUCCAUAUAAGGAGUGCUUCUCUGGCACAAUUUGGUAAGUUGACUGCUAAAUUCAUUUAAAUAAUGUUACUGGAUAGGCAGUAUAUAGGAAUUAAUCUUUUCUUGUGUGUAGGAAAGGAUGAGAACUGGGUUAAAAUAGCCAAAUUUACUUGUACUGAAAGAAAGUGUACUUUGUUUUCUGUUUAAACUUUAUCUUCUUUGGUGAGAUUCUUCAGGAAGAAAGCUUGGCAUUUUGGGCUAGCCAUAUCUUACUGUGUAAUGCCAAGAUGAAUUUAAUUAACAUCAGCCCUUGAAUGUACCCAACAUCAGGGCUUUUCUAAUGGGGUUUUACUCUGUCUUUUCAAGUACAAGUAGCAUUUGAUCAAAUUUUCAAUGCUCUUGGCAUUUUAUUAAAAGAACAACCACUAAAAAAGAAAAACUGUAUAUAAUUUGAUGAUUCUCUUGUUUUCAUAAAUGCUUAAGAACUUCUUUUGAAGACUGUUCCUACCUCAUUAGCUAGUCAAGACCCUGUGAUGAUCAACCUAUUCCACAUAAUAUUUUUGGAAAAAAGAAUUAUGAAAAUAAGUAUGUACAUCUUGGCCUUGGCUAUUGAGGGGAAAAGAGAAAGAAUUGAGAAGUGUUCCUGACAUGGCUGUGUUAGAAAAGUACUAUAAAAGUUUGAAAUAUUAAAGAAGCGCUGGCUAAUAUUUAGGUAUUUCUCUUGAUAGUCUUUGCUAUUCACUUUUUAUGGAAAUUCAGUAAAAACACUCAAAAGUGUUUGUGUGUGUGUGUCUGUGUGUGUGUGUUUUUGUUUUUUUUUUUUUUUUAGUGGUGUUUUUCCAGAUAAAUUCUAGGGGUGAACCUUUACAUAGUCACAAGUAUGUAAUUCUGUAACUGGAAUACCUGUAUGCUUUGCUUGGUACAUCUUCCAUGGAGAUGCCAAUGAAUAUACUCCUCCAUCUGUGAAUAUUUUAAAUGUUGAAAUAAAAAAUAAGAAACCUGC